UCCAGUCUGCUCCUGCUGCUGCAGCUGCUACAAGACGCUGUCGGCUGAGCUCUGUACACAGACGCCUGAGAGCACAGCAGAAAAAGACAAGUAACAUGUUCACCCAGGACUCAAAUCAUUCAAAAGACCAGGAAUAUCUGAGCAGAUCGGACAAAGACACUCCACAGUGAGAAUUGUGAUCAGCUUUGGAGAUGAACAGCUGCCAACUGUGGGACUUGAAGAUGUGGGUGUUGAUGGGGGUAGUCUGUCUGUGCCACUCUGUCUUUGGACAGCUGUUUGAGACAAAGCUGAAAGGAGCCCCACGUCUGAUCUGCAGUGUCCCCGGGUCACCGGGCCUACCUGGCAAACCUGGUCCCAGCGGGCCGCCGGGAGCAGAUGGGAAUGUGGGUAUCCCAGGAAGAGAUGGCAGAGAUGGCAGGAAGGGUGAAAAGGGAGAAAAGGCAGACACAGGGUUGAAGGGCAGGGUUGGCCCAACAGGUAAGAUUGGAGACCGAGGUGACCGUGGCCCUGCAGGGAAACGGGGACCUACAGGAGAGAAUGGAGAUGUGGGCCCACCUGGAAGUCCAGGACGGGAAGGGGACAAAGGGGACAAGGGCAAACGAGGGCCACGCGGCACUGCAGGAGUCUGCAGAUGUGGUAGCCUGCUGCCUAAAUCUGCCUUCUCUGUGGGAAUCACCAGCAGCUACCCAGCAGAGAAAGCCCCUAUCAAGUUCAAUAAAGUCCUCUUUAAUGAGGGCGGACACUACAACCCACAGACGGGCAAGUUUAUCUGUGCAUACCCAGGCGUUUAUUACUUCUCAUAUGACAUUACACUUGCCAACAAACACCUGGCUAUUGGUUUGGUGCAGAAUGGACAGUAUCGCAUCAAAACCUUUGACGGCAACACAGGAAAUCAUGACGUGGCGUCUGGGUCCACUGUGAUGUACCUGAACCCGGAAGAUGAGGUGUGGCUGGAAAUCUUCUUCCAGGACCAGAACGGUUUAUUUGCAGACCCCGGCUGGGCUGACAGCUUGUUCUCCGGCUUCCUUCUCUAUGCGGACACAAACUACUUUGACAUACUGGCAGAGGACUACACAUAGAACCUGAACAACACAAGGACUAAACCAAAAACAUCUAUUCACUGUCGUCUUCAUACUGUUAUUACACAUAUGGUAUGGUCACGCUAUAUUUUUAUACAAAAGUUUACACUGCUAGUUAUUUUAUUACUACAGAGACUCAUCUACUGAAUAUAUCAUUUGAUAAAGCUUGAAUGAGUUUCUGAUUAAUCUGUUUUGGCUGGGAGUCAAUAACUUAAAUAAACAUUGUUGACUUGU